AUGAUGCCAGAUGCAGCUAAUCUCUGUUUACUUUUCCUGAUUUUCAAGUUUGGAGAAUCUCCUCUGAAAGGUGCAGCAGCUGUGGUCCAAACCCAGCAGACUGUAACAGCAGCAGUGGGUGAAGAUGCUCCUCUCAGCUGUCAGCUCCUGGAAACUAAAGAUGUCCAGCAGGUCACCUGGCAGAAGGUCUUUGGGAGCAAAGAGAGGAAUAUCUGCUCCUACAGCGAGUAUUUUGGUCAAACAGUGAAUCCUGACUUUAAAGAUAAAGUCCAGUUUACAGAAGCUGGACUGAAGAAUUCCUCCAUAGUUAUCAGGAAGGUUACAGAGCAGGAUGAAGGAUGUUAUCUCUGCUUGUUUAGCAUUUACCCUGAUGGAGCUCUGAUAGGGAGAACCUGCCUGAAUGUUUAUGAGCUGCAUGAACCCAUCCUUGAUGUCAGCAUCAAUUAA